AACUUCUUCUUCUUCUACUUCUUCUACUUCUUCUUAUCUCGUAGUAUAUGACCAUGGAUUCUAAGGGAGUGUCACUACCCAUCCACGCGCAUCUUAUGAUGCCAUGGACUGAUCUAAGGAGAGGUGAUUGUUGUGGACGCUUGGAAGUUAUCAGUGAUGGUUACUAUUGUAAAACCUGCGAUUUUUUCGUUCACAAGAAAUGUGGUGAGUUCUCCGAAUAUAUCGAGCAUCCAUCUCACUCUAGUCAUACUCUUCAGCUUGAAAGCUAUCCAGUUUUUGAUUGCAAGUUAUGUGGAAGGAACAGAGAUUGCAAGUACUUUGUUCAGAAUCUCUUUUGUUGUGAGAUUUGUGACUUCACGAUGGAUCUAUAUUGUGCCAAGUACCCUCCACCAGAGGUUAUUGACAUUUCUCAGAAACAUCACCACAAGCUCACCCUUCUCAAGGAGCUGAUCAAGUUCGAUUGUGAUGCUAAAUGUGGUAUUGAUGGUUAUGGGUUUCCAUACAAAUGUCAUGAAUGUGAUUUAGCUUUCCAUGUGGAUUGUGUAUGGCACCCAUCAAAGUUAAAAUACCCGUUAGAGGUAAACCACUCUUCCCAUCCUUGCACCCUCUUAAGCUCCUCAUGGGUAGAUCACCCGAAUAUUCUGAUGGAAAAUGUCGUCUUUGCGGAUUGAAGGUUGAUGAAUUCUUUUAUCAUUGUUCUUCUUGUAACUUCACCUUGGAUAUGCGUUGUGUUUUAAAUCCACCACAACAAUCUCUUCUGGAUUUGAAAACUCAUGAUCACCAGCUUACCCUUAUCCCAAGGCUCGAUUCUUUUA